UCCAAUGCCUCUUGGUGAGCAUCAUUGUCUGAGUUGAUAAAAGUAAUUUUCCUGUAAAACAUCUCAGUUGAUUUGUUGUCUUAGCUGAAGUUCCAAACAUGCGACUUUCUGUCCACUGGAUUGGGCUGGCAGCUGCCCUUUCAUGUCUCCUAAUGGCUGGAGAAGUGUGGUGUGACUGUCCAGAGGACAAUGUGCAAAUCGAGGGGGGUUAUUACAAUCUGACCAAGGGUCUUCAGACAGGCAGCCUUCUGACCUACCACUGUAUUGAGGGUUACUAUCCCUACCCGGUCCAGAAGCGUGUGUGCCAGCUCAACGACAGAUGGAGCCAAGACUCCACAAGCUCUAAACCUCAGACAUGCAGGAUGGUUGAAUGCCCCGACCCCAAUGUGCUGAUGAACGGAAUUGUCAUCCCUGCUCAGCUGAGAUACUUUGUUGACAAUGUGACGACAUACGAGUGCUACUCUGGGUACCUGAUGCGAGGCUCAUCCAGGAGAGUCUGCUAUCCCAAUGGCAAGUGGAGUGGAUCCACUCCCAUCUGCAGCCGGGACUCAGGAAACGAUUGUGCUGAUCCCGGCAUCCCAGCUGGCGCCUCUAGAAGGGGGAAUUCAUUCCGAAUGGACGACAAAGUGAAAUACAGCUGCAAAAACGGCCUUUUUCUGGUGGGCUCCAGCGAGAGAACGUGCCUGGAGAACGGCCAGUGGACUGGCACAGAACCAGCAUGCUACUACAAAUACACGUAUGACACUCCAGUGGAGGUUUCCGAGGCCUUUGGCAGCGCAAUCAAAGCCAGCCUCACCCCUUUGGAGCCUACAGAUGACACACAGGAGGGGAGGAAAAUCAAAAUUUCCAAAACCGACACACUCAACCUCUACAUUGCAGUGGACAUUUCUGAGAGUAUUGAAGAGGAACAUUUCCUUGGCGCCAAAUCUGCCGUAUUACAACUCAUCACCAAGAUUUCAUCCUUUUCUGUCUCUCCAAACUAUGAGGUCCUGUUUUUCUCUUCGGAUGUAUUUGAAGUCGUCAACAUUGUCGAUUUCCUGGACGGCAAGACCCAACUGAGCACAGUGAAAACUGAACUGGAGAAUUUUCAAAUAGGCUACCGAGACACCGCCGGAACUGACCUCAACCGUGUCUUUAUGACCAUCUUGGAGCGCAUGGCGUUGAUAAAGCAACGGAUAGGGCAGGAGAAAUUUAAGGAGCAUCGUCACGCCAUCAUUCUUUUUACAGACGGUGCUUACAACAUGGGUGGUACACCUGAGCCAACAGUGGAAAAAAUUAAAAACAUGGUCUACAUUGACCAAACUGCCAGGAACCAAAAACCAAUAAGAGAAGAUUAUCUAGACAUUUACAUUUUUGCUAUUGGCGCCCAGAUCUUCGACGAUGACUUAUUGCCUCUUGUAGUGGGCACGGGCGGCGAACAUUAUUUCAGGAUGAAUACGAUUCGUACUUUGCAGAAGACAUUUGAUGAUAUUAUUGAUGAAGACGAAGUCAAAGGCUUAUGUGGUCUUCACAAGGACUACAAGACCACAGAUAGAAGGGAAAACUAUCCCUGGGUGGCAUUUAUUGUCAUUCAGAACAAAAACAGAGUCAUGAAGUGUCUGGGCUCUCUGGUGACACCCAUGUUCGUCCUGACUGCGGCUCACUGCUUCACCUUUGGAGAUCUACCCCAGCACGUCACAGUCGACAUCGACGACCAGAACGGCAGAAGAACAAAAAAGGUCCGAAAUUUCUUUUUACAUCCACAAUUUAACGUCAAGGCUAAAGUCGACUUGGGCGUAGAGGAGUUCUAUGACUACGAUGUAGCUCUAAUUCAACUGAUGGACUAUGUGAAAAUAUCCACUUUUGUCAGACCAAUUUGCAUACCAUGCACCGAGGAGACCAACAAUGCUCUAAAACUGGUUGGUGAAUCCACAUGCCAGAAACAAGAGGAGCGCCUGUUAAAAACUCAUAUGGAGAGCCUUAAAUUCUUGACUCAGACAGACAACUUGGUGGAUAAGAAAGAAGUCUACGCUAAGCUUGGCAAUAACAGGGAUGAAUGCAUUCAACAUGCACUAACGGCCCCGGGAAUUACCACAAAGGAUCCCAAAGUUGCUGUGACUGACAACUUUCUGUGCACAGGUGGUCUGAUUCCUUUCAGAGAUCAUAUUGCCUGUACAGGUGACUCUGGAGGAGCUGUGUUCAAAAACUACGAGAACCGCACAGUGCAGAUUGGUGUGGUCAGCUGGGGUAGCAAAAAUUUGUGCCAAGGCGGCGGUGUCGUAGAGUCUGCGAAGGACUCCCGAGAUUUCCACAUCAACCUCUUCAGGGUCAUGCCUUUCCUUGAAUCCAUACUCGGAAACAACACACAGAAUAUAUAUGCACCACUGCAGUUCUUGAACAACUAAAAGCCUGUACUAUGAAUGGAAUGCUACCAUAAUCAGAAACAAUACACCUUUGCAUGUAUUUUUUUAACAUGAAGCUGAAGAAGGUCUUAAAGUGAAAA